UGGAUUUCACAGUCGGUUCGGCGUCACUCCUGGACUGCGCGUGCACGCCUCCUGCUGGCCAGCCCAGUCCCUCCGCGGCGCGCGCGCGCCCGCAUCAGCUCGACGGGAAAAGAAAAGGAAAAAUAACUGCAGCGGCUCGCGCUGUUGCAGGAGCCACGCCGAGCGGAGCGGUGUCCGAAAAAAAACCACAGCCUCUAACUGGACUUCUGCUACUCACUCCGGGGGUUGUUGUUGUUUUUUUUAAAGGGGGAGCAAGGGUUGGUCCAGUCGAGGGGGGGAAAAAAAAAGGCUUGUCAGGACCCGGAGUUAUUAUUGCCAAGAAGUGGGAGCGGUGUCGACGAGGAGACGUUCGGGGAGGAAAACUGUCUGCAGUCAGAAGAUGGACAGUGGAGCUGUCUGAAGCAUCAAGGCGCUGACACUCUUGGCCCUAGAAGAUCGGAGGAAACGGGGAGCCGUAGCCUGGCAGGCUCCAGCGGUAAGCGCUCUCUCUGCUCCAUCCUCUGCAACCCCACGGCGGCCGGAUUCAUUGCGACGUGCAGUUUUCGCCAUCGUUGCGCUCCAGUCCUUUCCUGUCCGCCGUGGCUUCAUGGAGGGGUUUCCUGUGCACUGACCUAGCAGGCUGCCCUCUGCACCAGCAGCCAUGUCAGCUUGCAGCACCUUCACCGAGCAUGUGUGGAAGCCGGGCGAGUGCAAGAACUGCUUCAAACCAAAGAGUCUGCACUGCUUGACUCAGAGCAGCGGCGGGAAGCCUCCAUCUGAGCAGAGGCCGCCAUCAAACCAGCAACUAAAUCCACUUCCUGCCGGGCCCAGAGCUAACCCUAACCUUUCCGCGAACUCCCAACGGGCGGGGGCCGGAUCUGCACGUUCGGGACACAUCCGCCCUCCGGUGGCCAAGAAGCCAACCAUCGCUGUUAAGCCCACUAUGAUGCUGCCCAGCGUGUCUGCAGGACUGGAUGCAGAAGGCAACUUGCAGCAGCAAACAAACGUAAUAGAACAAAGUAAAACGUCGGCCUUUACUGCCUGGAACCGCAACGGACUGAACCGUAAGAGGCCUGGUGGACCCAACAAUAACAACGAAGGAGAGAAUGACAGCGAGGAAAUAGAGGGUUAUGGACCUCUCAGCCCAAGAACACCCAGUGGAAAUAAUAACAGCAGCGGACUGACAGAUGUCCUCAAAGAGAUUGCUGGGUUGGGCCCUGGCUCUAGCCCAACACCCCUGUCUGGUUCCAAAGACCUAUUCUGGGGGCGAAUCAGCAGCUCGUACCGAAGGUCCCUGGAAAGAGGCCUGCCGGCUUCCAGCUGCCUGGCUUUAGGAAGCGGCAGCAGUGAAGGCGCUCAGAAGCGGGUAUCGCUUAGCGAUUGCACCAAGAUCAUCAGCUCUGAAGGUGGCCGCUUCUGCUACCCAGAGUUUUCCAGUGAGGAGGAGGAUGAGGAGGAUGAAGAUGAAGAGGGUGAAACUGAACGAGAAGACGAGGAGCAUGAGAGCUGGGAUGAAAGUGAUGAAGAAUUACUAGCCAUGGAAAUCCGGAUGCGAGGCCAGCCGCGAUUUGCGAAUUUCCGUGCUGCCACCUUGUCUCCGGUGCCCUUUGCAGCGGGGAAAAAGUGGAAUACGGUGCCCCUUCGCAACCGCUCGCUGCAGCGAAUCUGUGCAGUGGACUAUGAUGAUAGCUAUGAUGAAAUCUUGAAUGGAUACCCCUCCAAUGGAAGCCUUCUUCCCUAUGGACCUGUGGAGACACAAAGCAGUGCUUUCCUCUCCACUUCAGAGUCCACAACCUCUCCAGAAUCAUCAUCGUCGCUACAAGAAGAUUCCCACACUAUUUCCAGUAGUGGAAGCAGUGGGUUUAAUAACAUCUUGCAUUCGCCCACAUCUUCUAAGGCACCCGCACCGCCUACGAGCCCUCCAAACAAGGAGCCUCCAAAAAGGGGUAUUAGUCCCCCCAAGGUGGCCGAGACCCACAAGGCAGUGCUGGCAAUUAGGUUAGAAGAGCAGGAUGGCAGGGAAGGGAUGCCAAUGCCUCAGGCCCUUCCUGGACAACCGGUUACGAUAAGUUUUAGCCCUACAGAGGAGCAGGCUAAACCGUACCGUGUGGUUAAUUUGGAAAAAUCCCUCAUUUGUAAGCCGUACACUGUGGUCGAUGUGUCGGCAUCAAUGGCCAGUAAAGAUGAACAGAAGCUAGAUUCGUCACCACGACCCAAAAACCUUCCAAAACCCUCUGGUCCCACGUCCUUCUGUAGCACCCCAUUGGUCCAGCCCCUCUCUCCGGUGUCUCCCCUGUCCCCAUCUUCUCCUUUAAGGUCAGUGUCCCCUUCAUCCAUCGCUCUGUCCCAGAAGAAGACCGGCCAAAUACGAUAUCAAGAAGUAUGGACGUCUAGCACGAGUCCUCGCCAGAAGAUCCCUAGAGUGGAUCCCGGGUUUGGGACUCCUGGGCAGUCCGUCACCCCGCAGUUUUGCAGUCACAAGUCAGCUCCCACGUCUCCUAUUGCGGGGCUGUCGUCGUCCCGAACUGUACCCGUAAAGUCCCCGAAUUUAUCAGAGAUCAAGUUUAAUAGUUUCAACAAUGCCGGCAUGCCUCCUUUCCCCAUCAUUAUCCGAGAUGAGCCAGCCUACGCCCGCAGCUCUAAGAAUGCAGUCAAGGUGCCCAUUGUUAUCAAUCCCAGUGCGUAUGACAAUCUCGCAGUGUACAAGAGCUUCUUGGGCCUCCACGGGGAGCAGUCCCAGACAAAAGGGGGCGGCGGCAGGGUUACCAGCCAUACCUACGAAGAGAUCGGCUCCUCCGAGAGUGUCCAGUCCUCCUCGACAGACAAAACGCUGUCUGGGAGAGGCCAGUCAGAGCAAGCCUCGUUUGAGGAGAGCAGAUUUCCACUUGAAGCAGUGCCAAGUUUGCAGGUUAGAACCACUACAGAUUCAAGCGCUGUAACAAACACUGUAACGAGCCUCACAUCUGGGGCCCUCUCUCCCACUAAAGCAACGAUCACUUCUGCCAAUCUCGCCAUUACUGCAAAUCUAACUAAAACCAGCCCUGCUGCUAAUGCUGUUACACACACUUAUAAGAUAAGUGGAGACGAUGAUCGAGGCUUAACGUCACCUGCUGGGACAGCUGUAGGCCACAGAGAGGAGGCCAGUGCUGUGCUGUCACAGAUUGUAGCGUCUAUCCAGCCUCCUCAAUCUCCUCCCGAGUCCCCCUCAGCACAAACCAACACCUUCAGCUCUGAGGAGCUGUACGCCCUCCCACCUGAUGCCAUGAAGGAGACCCUCACGCGACCCAAAUCUCUGUUUUCCGGCACCGACGGCUGUCUUUCCAAGCCAAAAAAGGAAAACCCCUCAAAGGUUUUGUCAAAAUCCCAGAGUGCCUCCGCUGCUGUCCCAGCGGCCACUUCCCGAUCAGAGCCCAGUGCCCCCUACCCACCGCCAAGAUCCACGUCCUCCCCUUAUCAUGCUUCCAACAUACUUCAGAGACAUUUCGGCAACUGGACUAAGAGCUCGGCCUCCAGCUCCCCAUCGCGACCCGGCGAAGGCGAACCGAGCCCCGGUGGGGAGGGGAGACGCGUUUCAGCCGAGAGUUCCAAACCCAAACGAUGGAUCUCCUUUAAGAGCUUUUUUCGCCGGCGGAAAGACGAGGAUGAUCAGAGAGAGAAGGCGGAGAAAGACAAGGAGAAGGGCAAGCUGGUCGGGAUAGACGGAACGGUCAUUCACGUCCUUCCGCCACCGCCUGCCCAGAAUCAGCACUGGUUCACUGAGGCCAAACCCGAAGAUCCCACCCAGAAACCUACCAUUAUUUUCACAUAUAAACCAGACGCUGGUAGCAGCCCCGGAGAUGGAGAGCUGCGCAUAGAGCAGUGCCGAGAAACGGAUCUGCUGGCAGAAGACAGCAGGGACUCUGAACCUUAUAGCCCAGGGCAAACAGUACCAUCAGAAUCCGCUGGAGGAGACGCCAGCAGCAAAGACCUCGGCCAGGUACCAGCCAGCCAUGCCAGGGACCGGGACCUGCCCAGGGUCAUCCCUCUGCCUGCCAGAGUGAAUCUGGGGCUGGUGUUCGGGGACGCCCGUGAGGGCCUCGCCAACCAGGCCGACCCCCCAGUCGGCGGCGGAGAGGGCAGCGCCAGCCUCGGAGAGCCGGAGGAGGAUGGAAACCACUCUCAUCCAUCCCACUCUCCUGCCUCCAGCCGGUGCAGCGCCACCUACAGCAACCUGGGUCAGUCAAGAGCCAACAUGAUCCCACUGAAACAGCCACGGAACCUCAAAGCCUCCAACGAUACUUUGUCCUCUCUGGACCUAAACGGUUCCACGGACCAGCCAGCUCCUAAAGCCACACCACCGCCGCUGCCCAAGAAGGUUGUCCCUCGCUCCAGCACAGAACCCAGCCUCGGGGUCAAAGAGCCCACCCAGGGAGCCCUCAGGCCCCGCGCCGAGGCUAAGCCAGGGGGCACCAACCUGAGUGUGGCUAACCCCCUGUACGACUUGGACUCCACCUGGGAGACAGCGAGCCAGAGCUCCUCUCUCAGCUCCGAGCCACAUCGAGCCCACGAACAUGAGAGCGGUGACUCUUUGGAGAGGUCGUCUGCUACCGCAGCCACAAGCAAGGGUAGCCUGGCCACCAGCGUGUCCUCCCUCAACCCCCAGCCUGCCGCCGCCACACCCGCCACCACAACCUGUGGAAGGGACAAGAGGGUCUUCCCAAGCACGGAGUCCCUGGGUGGGAGGGGGAGGCCUGCAGGCCGAGGAAGCGGAGGCGGGGGGGCCUCCAAACCACAAAGAACUGCUCUUUACAGGGGCUUGGACAGCUGGGACGAGGUGGUGGGGAGGAUCAGGGGGCUGCACACAGACACCCUACGGAAGCUGGCGUCAAAGUGUGAGGAUCGCUUCAUGGCUGGCCAGAAGGACCACCUGCGAUUUGGCACUGACAGCUGGUCCCACUUCAGGUUGACCACCGGCAAACCGUGCUGCGAGGCAGGGGACGCCGUCUACUACACGGCUUCUUAUGCCAAAGACCCUCUGGUCAACUACGCCAUCAAGAUCUGCCGGAGUCAUGUGAAGGAGACCCAGCAGCAGUUCUUCCACAGCCUUGCUGUCAGACAGAGCCUCCCGCUGCACUUCAACAUCCAGCAGGACUGUGGACACUUCCUGGCUGACGUCCCCACCCGACUGCUGCCUUGGGAAGAGGAAGAGGAAGAGGAGGGAGAAGGUGAAGAGGAGGAGAGGGAGGGAGAUGAGAAUGCCGAAGAGACAGAGAAAGGAAUUCAGAUGGACACAAACCGAGCAGAGUCUGAAGCUUCAAACAGCAGAUCAGACGAGACCCCGGCAGCGGGGACCGUGACCACGGCGGGCCACCUCAGGAGCCGAGUGGUGGUCAUCACACGGGAGGUGCCCUUCCAGACGGUGGCGGACUUCGUCAGAGAAGGCGUGGCCCGGCACGCUCACAGCCCCGAGCUGUACGAGCGUCAGGUGUGCCUGCUGCUGCUGCAGCUCUGCUCCGGCCUGGAGCACAUGAAGCCCUACCAUGUGACCCACUGCGACCUGCGGCUGGAGAACCUGCUCAUGGUCCAGUGCCAGCCGGGCAACCCCUGGAACCUGGACGUACUCGAGCCCAACAACAACAGCAGCAGCAACGGCCCGGGGGCCUCGGCGGCCAGCAGCGCUGCCGGGGCCACCUGCCCCGCCCGCCUCAUCAUCAGCAACUUUUCUCAGGCCAAGCAGAAGAGCAGCCUCAUGGCCGCCGACCCGGGCACGCUGCGCGACCAGUCCCGGCUGGCGCCGGAGAUCAUCACGGCCACGCAGUACCGCAAGUGUGACGAGUUCCAGACGGGGAUUCUCAUCUACGAGAUGUUGCACAGACCCAACCCGUUCGAGGAGACGCCGGAGCUGAAGGAGCGAGAGUACACCUGGGCGGACCUGCCGCCCCUGCCCGUCAGGUCGCUCUACUCCCAGGGACUGCAGCAGCUGGCGAGGCUGCUGCUCACCGUCAACCCAUCGGAGCGGAUCCAGAUGUCCGAGGCCCGGGCCUGUCUGCAGUGCCUCCUCUGGGGCCCCCGGGAGGACCUGUUUCAGGCCCUGGGCUGCAGCACCGUGGGCCCCAUGUCAGGGGCCACUGCCAGCCAGCGAGAAGCCACCCUACAGAACUGGCUGGACCUGAAGCGGACUCUGAUGAUGAUCAAGUUCGCGGAGCGUUCGAUGGACUCGGCCUGCAGCGUGAGCCUGGAGGACUGGCUCUGCUGCCAGUACCUGGCGUUUGCCACCACGGACAGCCUAAGCCGUGUGGUCCACAUCCUGCAGCAGCCGCCCCAGUCCCACCACCAGAACCCGAGCCAAACCCACCCGCCACCCACCCACCGCCUCGCUCAGUCGCAGCAACUCUGAGCUGCUUUGCCCAGCUGUUACUAUGGCAACACCUUUCCCCCUCUGCGCUCCCUCCGCUAAUGGUGAAGUGUGAUGUAAGCUAACAGCGAGCCAAACGCUAAGCCGUCUGUCUUCCUCAUCAGACCUCACAGCGACCAACAGAGUCUCAUCAGGCGGACGGCGCUCCUGGGCGCCGCUGCUGAAACCCGUUUACUGCUCUGUUGCUGAGGUUCGCUGGAGGCCACCAUCACAGGCCAGAUUUUAGCCGCCGGGUUCCUUAAUGUCCUGCAAAGUAGUCAUCAGUCGCUCAGAGAAACACAACCAUGACAAUGCAUGAAAAAAAAGGAACGAAUGGGAUAAAUUGGAGAAUUCUCUCCAAAUUAUAUAUAACAUUUUAACAUAUUUUUAGCAGUUUGUGCUGCAGAGCUUUUUAGGGCUAAAGCAAAAAACUAAAAAUUACUUGUAGCGAAAAAUUCGAUAUCCAGAUUUUUUUUUUUAAAGAAUUUUAUAAAUAUGAAGAAACCUGUUUUUGUUGAAAAAUUUUAAACUGAUGAAGAGUCAAUGAUGAGUUUCCACUGAAGCCAAAGAUCAGCCACAAGCUGCCCACUAAAAGAUUCAAUGUUUUGCUAGAGAUGCACCAAUCAGGUCUUAGCAAAGCUUUCAACUGCCGAGUCCGACUUUAGCUGAAUAUGAGAAGAAAGUCUUUCUUUUAGCCUCCAUAAUUAUUUAUAUCAGGAGAGACGGUGACAUCACUCAUUCUUAGAAAACAGGGUUUUAUUAAUUAAAAAGAAAUAAAAAUGAUCACACGGUGGACAUUUUAACUAGCUUCAGCAGCUGACGUUAAUGUUUAGCAGGGUUAGCUCAGUUUGCAGUAGGGAAACCGUCUCCGUGUGAAGAUUCUGGAUGAUGCCCACGCUCACCUUCAUUCCCCGAUUUCCAAAAGGCUGUCACAUAUCCAGCAUGUCCCUUUGCAGAAGGGGGUUAAAGAAGGAUGAGACCGAGCAGCUUUGCUGUCCCACGCUCAGCCUUCCUGUUACAUGCUCUCUCUCACACAGCCUGGAAGGACCGCAGACAUGUCUGAGGAGGCUGUAGGAAAUAAGUAGCUUUUGUCCUCUGAAUUCACCUCUGACACUGAAAAUAUCAGACUUUGAGUCGUCAUUCAGUAACGUAGCGCUGUGUGGUGCGUUCACUUAGCAGAUAAAUAUUAGCUUUCUGACUUACUGACUGGCUGGUCAACGGAGCUGUAAAUCGCCUGAUUUCUGGGAGCAGCUCUAGUUUUCACAGCAUUUUUUUACAUUUCAUCCAAAUGCAGAGCAAUGCAGCACACAAGUAAAGCAGGUGGAUCUGUUACAGACUGGCCCUAAAGCUUAAGUCACUCCACAUCCUGUUUUUAAAAACUGAAAGCUGGUCUGAGGUUGAAUUGUACGGCUUGGCCUACUUCCUGUUCCCCCUCCUUCAGGCUCUUUUGACGCUGACAUGAAACGGGGACACGCCUGCUCCUGGCUGUAGGCCUGACCUCCCCUCCAUGUCGGUGCAGCAGGUUGACUAAGUGACUCCUCUGUUAGUUUUGUGGCACAUAAACUGAUUUUAUUUCAGUCCUGCAACAUUGCAAGUAACAAAACGAAAAAAAAAAAAAGAAAAACGAGUGAAUUUCAGAGUGAACAUCUCCUUCCAUGGAACACAGUGUCUCAUGGACUGCAAAAAAAGUGACUCUUUGUUCGUUUGUCUUGUUUUUGUACAGUUCUGAGUUACGGAUGAUAUUUGCACAUGGUGUCAGAGCGGCGGCGUCUCUCUGUGGACGCCUGACGUCUCAGCGAGACCGAAGACUUGAGCAAAGAUCUCAGUCUGUUUAAUUGGACUUGGUCGCAUCCUCCUACUGAAAUGCUUUUUUUUUUUUUUUUUACGUUUAAACGGCCUUGAAAGAUAGGAUUGCAAAAACUCAACCACUGAGGUUUGUUCCCUCCCCGGUUGUAAUCCAUUCAGCUCUCAAGUAAAUCCUGCCCGUCAGUCAGCUGGCUUAUCCUGCUUCAAUUAAACAAACCCGUUUCCUGUCACAGCCUUUUAGCGACGAGUCGCUGGCGUCGAUGCAGCGACACGAGUCUCCCAUCCCACAUCCAGGAUUUAAUAUGAACAAACUCAACGAGUAGCAUCUUCAACUCAGAUUAAACCCUUUCUUUCAUAGGUUUACUUGACGUGCCGGGGUUUGUUUUGCAGCGUGCAAACUCGGCAGCAGAGGCGCCGACUUGGGAUCACUGCUCGCAGGUGUACAGUAGAAACUCUAUGGUCCAGAGAAAGAAAGAGACAAAGGAGGAGUGAGUUUGAUGCUGCAGUAAAGGAGUGAGGAGUACGUGCGGGACAUCACUGGUGGCUGGCCGCCUUUAUGUAGUCAAAACGAUCAAUUUAACCCUCGUCUAUUUUAACCCGCGCACUGUCUUGUUGAGUACAGAGCACCCGUAUUUCUCUUUAGAGUCUAAUAGUCAUUUAUUCAUCGAUGCUUUACUUGACUUUCUUCUCGCAUGUUCUAGAGGAAGAAUAAAGUGAGUAGUUAUCACUGUCCUACGCGAACAAAUGAGUAGAGAAGAUCUCCGUUUUUUACCUGCGUUAACACACAGAAACAGUGUACAGCGUUGUCCUGUUUGCGUGGGUUUACCUGACGAGGAGAACAACCACUUUGGCUGAAGGACGUCUCUUGAAGCCGCUUUCAACAAGUUGGGAUCGACGCAUCAGAUGUCUCCUUGUGGUCGUCCGUGCCGGUGAAUGCCACUGAGUUUAAUGGGAGAACAGGAGCUCUGUGAAGCGCUCUGUGAUGACGUGCGGAGUGUCCUCAUGCUGCAUCGCCAUACAUCAUUGAACAAGUUAGCCAACUGUAACAGAACAAUAAAUAUAUGUUUUUAUAUUUACA